AUGCAAGCCUCCCGCGUCCUCCUCGCGAUUGCCGCCGUCCUCGCCGUCGCCGUCUCUGGUGCCAACGCCAACGAAGAGAAGGCCGCCCUUCGCGGCGCGUCGCCCGACGACGUCGAGACCGACGGCGUCGGGACCGAAAGACUUUGUGGCGACUGCAUCCGCCACUGGCGCCCGUGCUGCGCCAACCACCAGUGCGAUUCAUUUAAAGAGUUUUUGACGACUCGGAGCCGGUCCAACCGCUGCAACGCUCGCCAAGAUGGCGUCCCAACGGCCAUCUCGCGCGCCAUCUCGGAGAAUUUAAUUGCACUGUUACUUUUCGCGCACACAAUGCAGCUGCACCGCCUCGGUCUCGGCCUCAGCCUUCUGCUCGUGUCGGCGGGCGCCUGCUCGUGGGAAGCCACGACGCGCCAUGUGGCCAGCAACGUUUCGUUCGAGUGCCCCAAUGUGGCGCCUGGGAUGCACUUGACGCCGACGCGCGCCGGCGAGCCGAUGGUGUGGUCCGAGGCAGGCGACGCGUUCGAGAUGCGCUUGCUCAACGCUGCGGGUGUCGCCGUCGACGCCCCGACGCACCCGGGCGACUACACGGUGGUUCUGGCCUGCCAGCGCUCGUUGAAUUGUAGCUUGUCGUGGGGUCUGCAGUGGUCGCCGUCGACGCGCGCGCUGUCGACGUGCCCGAUUCCCGGCGUCUACAAGGAGGGUGCCAUGGGCUUUCGCCUCGAGCUCACGAGCGCUGGAGCGUUCGCGCUAACCGCGCCGAUUUCCAGCACGACGUGCUCGGUGACGGGCCAGUACACCGAGUCGGACCAGACGAUCACCCUCACGGUCGCAACGGCAUCGCCCGAGUGCGGCAGUCUCAUCGCACCCAAGAUGCAAGUCUCAACCUUUAUCGCCUUCGCGAGCGACUGCCAGAAAGUCACGAUCCAAUUCGCAGGCUCCUUCAUGUCACUUCAGCGGUCCAGUGCAUCGAGCCUACCUCUUAGUGCGCUGCUGAUGGCUCUGGCGAUGGCGAUGCUUCACUAACAUCAAUGUAGUAAUAUGUUUGAAG